AGUUUAGUCACCCACUUUCAACUCGACUCAGCGCACUGCUCAAGCCAAAUUUACACCUGCCUGCAUUGCUACGCUUACAACUAGUGCGGCCUUCAUGUCUGCUCUUAUAAAACUCCCGACCGUGACUCUCCCACGUUUCCAACGCUCGCCUCAACGCUCGCCAUUCGAGACACCAACCUUCUCCCAGCCCGCUUCUGACCACCGCUAUGAAGCUCACUACCACGACCACCCUCGCUCUUCUGGCCUCCACAGCCUGCGGCUUCUACGCUCCACAAGUUGUUCGCUCUUUGCUCUCUCCGCAAGACCCGCCCAUUCACCUCGCCCGACGCGACGACGAACCCGCCUCGGAUGACGUCUGGAACAAGGCGAAGUGCAUCGGUGGACAAUUUUUCAAGGCUUUCCCCUUGAGCGACAAGGACGCUGGCCAAGAGUACUCACCAAAGAAGGACUCAGUGCAGAGCAAGUGGAAGGGCGAUCUCAAGGACGGCCUCAAAAAGUGGGGCUGGACCCAGAAUACGUUACUGAAGAGCGUGUGUGAGUUCGACGAGUCCGCACUGGGGAAGGGAUGGGUGGAUGCUGCGAAGCAGCUCAACAUUGGUACCGAAGGCUGGAAGGACAUCUGGUGUUAUCGCUUCUCGCAUGGAACUUUGUGGGAUGUCGCGGCAGACAAGACGUACAACGCCGAUAAUAAAGACUAUCCGUAUACCGGUGCGUACGCUCAGUUCGGCAUCAACGACGACGAUGGAGUCAUUCUCGCCAUGGACAAUCUCAUGCCUAGCUCCGCGAUCAAGAAGAACAAACAGCGCGACCCUCAGGACGGCGAAGUGCCUGCUCUCCAAUCUCUUUCAGAUUUGCUCUGGGGUGGUUGGUAUCGUGGGAGCCAGCCAGACACGUCGAACAACGAAAAUGUGAAGAACCUCAAGUACCUUAUCUCGCUCUCUGUCACGAAUUCGGAGUCUCUGAGCAUCAUUCGGCGUGCGCUGAAAGCCAAGAACAAGGUGACAGCGUCCUUGUGGCCAGGAGAUAACUUCGACAUCUCAACGGCUGAGGGAAAGGCUCUCCUAGGCUCUCCUAAUGGAAAGCGAUUUGGAUAUCUGCUUGCUCAACGGAAGGACGACGUUGGUAUUAAGAAAAUUGACAGCGUUACAGUCUUCCGAGGCAAAGAUCACUCCAACCCUAUCCUGAUCUUCUACGUCAAAUGA